CAGUGCUCGACCCUCAGGCGGCUAGAGACAGGCUACGUGAACUCGUGAAGGCAUGCGUAAGACAAUAUCCGCGAAAGUUUGUGCCAGAGGAGAUUCUCAGGAAGCAGAAAGAGUUGCAAGCACUGGAACGAAUUCAGAACCUUUUUAAUAACCAGAAUGACAACUCUACAGGGAUUUCUCUAAUGUCCACCUCUGUGGCAAGUCUACAAGAGAAAUCCCCUUCGCAUGGCUCGUUUGAUGUAAGUGGUUGCACUGUUGAUGAAAUUGGUGCGCAUGCAGAUCCUAACCACGAACUGUCGAAAAAUCGUGCUGAGCCGUCACGCUCCGGGAGGAAGCCCAUUCCUUCCGAAGAGGCGCCUGUGUGGCUGUCGGAACAAGGAUGGUGUGAUGUUUAUGCUUCGCCUGCCGUGUUGGCUAAUGGCAUAUCAAGUCCACUGGAGUACUUGACGCUGUUUCAAAUGCACCAGUCGAGAACCGCUUGUAAUCCAUGGCUUAAGUUGCUGGAGACUGAGCUUGCCAAGCUUGUAUCAGCGCUGGGCUUUCAGCAAAUUGAAGAUGGCCUUGAGAAUCUAGACAAGAAGCUGGGUAACGUGGAACAGGCGGCAGAAACUCUUAGAGAGAAAGAAGUUAAGCGUUCAGAACAACAACCACAGCGGUCACUCUCCGACAGUAUUACUUCUUGCUGCGCAGUGAAAAACACACAGCUUGAACACAUUCUUUCAUUUCUAAUCUCAACGUCAGAGAAGUUCCAAUCGUUUGUAAAGGUCACAAAAGAAGCACUGUUAGAUGAGGACCGGAAAAACACUCUUUUCAAACAAUGCGCUGGAGACAAGCGAUUACAUCUGGAAGUACUAGACUCUGGAUUUGAGCUCAAUUCUGAACUCCUUGACAUCCUCAAUCGAAUGGAGAGUGCACUAACACAUUUUGCGAGGUUUAGCACCGAGUUACUGCCUUUUCUCAGUGAGCAUCUAUCUGUGACGAAAAAGCUUUCGUCUGCUAUAGAUGGUGCAUUCGAGAAUUUCAUGUUGAUCAAGGAUAUAGAAAAAACCAAGAAGCAUUCUGAAGAGAUGGUACAGAUAAUGGGCUCCUUAGAGCACCAAUACAACAUUCUGAAAACGAAGUUUGAGCAAUUGUCUACAUUUGACGAAGGACAUUCUCGGGAAUCUCGUGAAAACGUGCCUAACAAUCAGCAAAUGGAGUCCUUAAGCAACCAAAAGCUGGAGAAUGGAAUCCGAAAUGUGUCCUCUGCGAUUCCAGAAGCAGGAAAUUUUUUCACUUGA